AUGUCACAGCCAUGGGAUUAUAUUGCUAAACUCGUCUGUAUUGGUGACUCCGGAACCGGGAAAUCCAGCCUGACCAUCCGGCUGUGCGAGGGACGAUUUUCUUCUACGCAUGAUGUAACCAUCGGUGUAGAGUUUGGAUCCCGGAUUGUUCCAGUCGGUCCGCCCGCAUCGAGAGAUUUGGAAGCGGACCCUGAAAUACACCUCCCAAAUGACGUCUCGCCUCACCAGGAGCCCUCCUCGACCCAGGCCGAUGGUCCCAUCGCGCCCACCCCUUCUGGAUUACCUACACCCCCUCGAAAACCCCAGGAAAACCAGAAAAAAAUGAAGUUAUCUCUUUGGGACACUGCUGGGCAAGAAACUUAUAAGUCCAUUACACGGUCAUAUUUUCGGGGCGCUUCCGGUGCACUCCUUGUGUUUGACAUUACUCGACCAACGACUUUCACUUCAUGCACUCAGUGGCUGCAAGAUUUACGCCAAAUCGCUGAAGAAGGCAUCGUUGUCAUUUUGGUGGGAAACAAAAGUGAUCUUGCGGGAGACAAUUCGGAUUCAAAUCAGAGGCGCGUUACUAGAGAAGAGGCAGAAGAAUGGUGUCGCAUGAAUAAUGUUUUGCGGUACCUAGAGACGAGCGCGAAGUCGGGUGAGGGAGUAGAGCGUGCGUUUCUCGAAGUCUCUGAGAGAAUUUACCGCAAUAUUGAAACUGGCAAAUAUGAUCUGAAUGACCGCCGGAGUGGAGUAAAAAGCUUUGGGGUGACUGGCAGUGCAAGCAACAAAAUCCCCAAAACUGUCACUUUAGGAAUGAAUGAUGCAAUGCGCAAAGGCGGUAACAGCCUGGGUGGGAAUUGUUGCUAA